AUGCAGAAUGUGGCUAAUUUGGUUCUAUACACGAUCUAUUUCGUGGCGGGAUCCUUCAGCGGCUCGGUGGUGACAAUGAUCGGGCCUAAAUACACGCUGGCUUUUGGCACCCUGGGUUACCCUAUCUACGUGGGUUCGCUAUGGUAUUUCGGCCACACGGGCAAUCUCUGGUUCCCAAUCUUGGGCGGCGCGAUCCUAGGCAUCACGGCCAUCCACCUGUGGACGGCAGCCGGGUUCAUUGCCUUUAGCUAUGCGACUGAGGAUAAGAAGGGGACCUAUAUCUCCAUACAAUGGUGUCUGCUUAGUGUUGGAAGCAUUAUUGCCUCCUUCGUCGCGUUCGGCAUCAACUUCAAUGCCGGAGAGCUGGCAUGCCCCGACUCGGUUUACAUCGUUUUUAUCAUUCUGAUGGCACUAUCCCUCCCGGUCGCAUUGUUCGGCAUCAUUUCGCCUGCCAAUGUACGACGCGUGGAUGGUUCGCCAAUCGCACAUUAUGCCCACCGUGGAUUCUGGGAGGAACUAAAGGAACAGCGUCGGAUAUUCAUGGACUGGCCGUUGUACUUUAACAUUCGCACCCGCAGCUUGAACUCGGUCAUCUUUGUCAUACUUCAAUGCCUUGGUGCUAUCGUGACGAUGGUCCUCUUAGAUUAUGGGAGGAUCGGCGAUCGUCGUGUGCGAGGAAUUGUUUCGAUCACCACGAUGGGCCUCUUGACACUUGGUCUGUGGAUUGGCCUCGCCCUUUGGUUGUCGCAACAUCCAAUCAACCUGACCAGUCCUCCCCUGUGGGAUUGGACAGAUGGGCCCUUUGCAGGCUUCAUCGUUCUAACGCUGCUAUUCGGGAUUAAUAUGGCUGCGUACCAAAUUGUUGUGCAGUGGAUUGUCGCCUCCCUUAGCAAUAGCCCCGACACUCUCGCCCGGUUUGCAGGUUUUGCAAAGGGAUGCCUAGCCGGCGGGCUCUGCGCUACAUUUGGCACCGAAGCGGCUGGUCUGGAACAGAUUUCUGUAACGGCUUGGACCUUCACUUUGCAAGGGGUAGGACUCGUAUGCAUGAUGGCGGUGACUUGGCUGAGUGUUCGGCCGACAAACUAUGGAAAGGAAGAUACAACUGUAGCACGAAGUGCCUGUCAUCAGAAUGAGACACGGGUGCUUAGUGCUGUUGAGAAUAGUUAG